UUAUUCCUAUUGGUUAUUGAUUGGUCUGUGCAUAAGGCGUUCGGUCCUCAUUGGCUCUAAUGGGUCUACAGUAUGAUCAUCCGUAUGUUGACAUGUCAUUUCACUUAAACUCAGAAUGGCAAGUUCAGAGACUGUAUUUGACGUGCUGUGAAUCGAUUGAAAGCGGUUUUAUCUGGACUGAAACGACGUGAACUAUUGCUGCGACCUCUAAAAUAUCUCAUGCUGGUUCAGAAUGCGUCAGUGACAGCGUGUAAAUUAGUUAACGUUACAGCUUCACAGUGGAUAGCUAACAUCCUGUUGUAUUCAGUUGACUGUAAUUUAAUUGAAGUUCACAAUGCACACCAUUGACUGCAUUGUUUCAGCACCAGGGAAAGCUAUCCUUCAUGGAGAGCACGCUGUCGUCCACGGGAAGGUUGCUCUGGCUGUGAGUUUGAACUUACGAACAUUCCUUAAACUUCAAGCUACCUCCACUAGCGAGGUCUGCAUCAAUCUACCCAACAUAAACACCUUUCUGUCCUGGGAUGCCAGUGCACUACAACAGUUACUUCAAGACAAAACAACUAACCAUAGGAACUUAAAGGAGCUGGAUUCUGAGCUUGUCGGAAGACUAAGAGAGUUAACAGGAAUAGAGGAAGGAAGCACGGAUGCACGUAACAUGGCUGUCUUCGCCUUUCUCUACAUGUACCUCUCCAUUUUUGCCAAGUCAAAAGCAUUACCCAGCUUGACUGUGACUGUCUGGUCAGAGCUUCCCACUGGAGCUGGUCUGGGGUCCAGCGCGGCCUACUGUGCAUCUGUAGCUGCUGCACUGCUCUCCACACAGGGGGCCCUCUCUUCUCCUCUGGGGCCAGAUGGGGACACGGCCAGCUGGAGUGGCGAGGAGUUGGAGUUGAUCAAUCAGUGGGCUUUUCAGGGGGAGAGGAUCAUCCAUGGGAACCCCUCAGGAGUCGACAACGCAGUGAGCACAUGGGGAGGUAUACUAAGAUACCAAUCUGGGAAGAUUACUCCUUUGCAGAGGGUGCCCACGUUGCGGAUUCUCCUCACCAACACCCGAGUUCCACGGAGCACAAAGACACUUGUUGCUGGUGUGAAGGACAAAAUUAACAAGGUACUGAAAUGGCUGCACCUCACUCCCAGGCCUGUAAUUAGUAUAACGGCUACCGUUACCUCAGUCGCACUCAGCUCUCUGGGGGUUCAGGGGAUUCUAUUAAAAAAUGAAAAAAUAAAUAAAUAAUAAAAAA